AUGUAUUUCAAACCAGAGUAUCCUACCACACCUCCGAAAUGCAAAUUCGAGCCACCGUUGUUCCACCCAAACGUGUUUCCUUCGGGAACUGUCUGUUUGUCGCUCUUGGACGAGGAAAAACACUGGAGACCUGCAGUUACAAUCAAACAGGUCUGUCUCUGCCCAUAUGUUUACUUGUCUGUCAGAUUCUUUUAGGCAUACAGGACCUACUAGAUCACCCUAAUCCGAAGGAUCCAGCUCAAGCAGAGGCGUACACUAUGUAUAUCCAAAAUCGAAAGGAGUACGAAAGGAAGAUUAAGGAACAAGCGGGCAUCUUCCGUAAUCCGAACCUAUAG